AUUGCCAAAAUGUCGUCGGAUCUCACGCUCAGUCAGCUGUUUGUCUAUCCUGUGAAGGGCUGCCGGGGGAUCGCCCUGGCGAGCGGGGUGGUUUGUCCCACAGGUCUCCUGUUUGACCGCAACUGGGUAGUUGUCAGAGCCAGCAACGGCAAGUUUGUCACUCAGAGGCAGAAACCGACGUUGGCGCUGGUGGAGGUGUCCAUCGUGCCAGACCGUCUGUUGCAGGGAGCUGACCUGGCGGCCUGCCCCGAUGCCAAGCUGGUACUGCGGGCACCGGGCAUGCCCGAGCUCCAGGUGCCGCUCACCGCAUCUGCUGCCGCCGACAAGCUGGCCCCUGUGACGGUGUGGGACUGGAGCGGGCAGGCGGCAGAUGAGGGAGAUGCGGCAGCGGAGUGGUUCAGCAAGUAUCUUGGCCUGCCCUGCCGCCUGCUGCGCUAUGCCGGGCAGGCAGGGGCGGCAGGCAUGCCAGCAGACGACCCCACCGGCACCCGGCGGCAGGUGGACACAGAGUGGGCGCCAGCUGGCGCUGAGACCGCUUUUGCGGACGGCUUCCCCUUCCUGCUGGCAAACGAGGCCUCGCUGGCAGAAGUGAACCAGCACCUGGCGUCCAAGGGCGAGGCGGCGCUGCCCAUCAACCGAUUUAGGCCCAAUCUGGUUGUGCGGGGGGCAGGCGCUUUUGCCGAGGACGGCUGGGGCAGCUUGCGCAUCGGUGCUGCGGGCGGUGCGCCCGGGGACGGCGUGGAGUUUGACAACGUCAAGCCCUGCAGCCGCUGCAAGGUGACUACCAUCAACCAGGAAACCGCGGAAGAGGGGAUGGAGCCGCUUGUGACGCUGGGGGAGACGAGGUCGGGGCGCGUGCUGGGCUGGGAGGGCACGCCCGGGUUCAAGGGCGCCGUGUUCUUUGCUGCCAACCUGGUUCCCAGGCAGCGCGGGCUGGUGCGCGUGGGCGAUGCUGUGGCGGUGACGGCGACACGCGAGGGCCCGCCCACACCGCUCAGCUGACGAGGCGGCAGAGCAGCGGCACAAUGUAUCAUUUUCCUAGCAUGUGUGCAUCAUCAUCUUGUAAUCGUCCGGACUUC